ACAUUACCAUAUUACUACGACAACCACUAUUGCUUUCUACCUAAUCCAAUAAGGGAAAAUUAGAGAGAAAAUUAAUAUUUUCUACCAUAUUAAUUUUCCGGCAAAAUUUUCUGAGCUAACCCUUUUAAUUCCGAACCUUGUCUCACAUUCCCCCCUUUUUUUUUGUCUCUCUCUCUAAAUCAAUUUCAAGAGAUAAAUAUGGCGAAAAAUCAGAGUAAGAUACUGUGAUCGCUUCGAUUUUUAACGUUGGUCUCCGAUCUACUAACGAUUAUCAUCAAUGUGGCACUCGUCUCGGCCGGGUUGACUCAUUGUGAACUCACUGAGAGGUCUAAAGGUUUUUUGACAUUCAAUGGUAAGCGGAGAAAAUGGCAGCUUCUUUAGCGACUUUCGAGCGUCCUCGACCAGUUGCUCCUAAUACGAUGAUGAUUCAGCAGGUUUUCAAGAGUGGUCCACUUUUCAUAUCUUCAAAAGGAAUUGGCUGGAAGUCUUGGAAGAAGCGGUGGUUUAUUCUUACACGCACUUCUCUGGUUUUCUUCAAGAAUGAUCCUAGUGCACUUCCGCAAAAAGGGGGUGAAGUAAAUCUUACAUUGGGUGGCAUUGACUUGAACAAUUCUGGAAGUGUUGUUGUUAGAGAAGAUAAAAAGCUGUUGACAGUUUUAUUUCCUGAUGGGCGUGAUGGCCGAGCUUUUACCCUUAAGGCUGAGACAUCAGAAGAUUUAUAUGAAUGGAAGACUGCCCUUGAACAUGCCCUUGCACAAGCACCAAGUGCUGCCAUUGUUAUGGGACAUAAUGGGAUUUUUCGUAAUGACACAAAUGACACAAUGGAAGGGUCUUUCCCUCAUCAAUGGAAGGAUAAGCGUCCUGUUAAGUCAUCAGUUAUUGGACGACCAAUUUUGCUUGCAUUAGAAGAUAUUGAUGGAAGUCCAUCUUUCCUUGAGAAAGCUUUACGGUUUUUGGAAAAUUUUGGUACUAAAGUUGAAGGAAUUUUACGACAGUGUGCAGAUGUUGAGGAAGUAGAACGAAGAGUACAAGAAUACGAACAAGGCAAGAUUGAAUUUGAUCCUAAUGAGGAUGCUCAUGUGGUUGGUGACUGUAUUAAGUAUGUUCUGCGAGAGCUACCUUCUUCUCCAGUAUCAGCACCUUGCUGCACUGCCUUGUUCGAGGCAUAUAAAAUUGAUAGAAAGGAAGCUCGAGUGAGUGCAAUGCGCUCUGCAAUCUUUGAAACGUUUCCUGAACCAAACCGCCGAUUAUUGCAAAGAGUACUGAAGAUGAUGCAUAUUAUAUCAUCUCAUUCUCAUGAGAAUCUGAUGAAUCCAUCUGCUGUUGCUGCAUGCAUGGCGCCCUUGCUUUUACGUCCUCUAUUAACUGGUGACUGCGGAUUAGAUGAUUUUGAUGGUAAUGGUGAUAAUUCUGUCCAGCUUCUUGCAGCUGCAAAUGCUGCUACUAAUGCACACGCAAUUGUUACGACACUCUUGGAGGAGUAUGAAAACAUUUUUGAUGAUGAAAAUCUACAAAGAUGCUCAAUCUCGGCUGACUCUCGGAUUGAAAACAGCGGGAGUGAAGAAUCUACUGAUGAUGAAAAUAUUGAUAUGAAAGAUAAUGGUUAUCAUGAUGCGGAAAAUGAAGUAGAUCCAGAAACAGAUGAUGAUCCUGAACGUGUACAUAGUGGGAAAUUAAGUGAAAGCAGUGGUUAUGCUGGCAGUGAUCUCUAUGACUAUAAGACAUUUGGGGUUGAUGAUUCAGAUGUAGGUUCACCCAAAGAGAAUCAUGCUUCUGCAGAGGGUUCAAAUUUAUGCGUUGAUCCCCAACAAGUAAGAGAUCCAAUAGCUCAAUUGAUAGAAGAACAAGGUGAUCAGAAGAAAGGUAAUGAAAACUCAAAUGAGUUGGAUCAUCCAAGUACUUCACCAGCUGGUGAAUCUUACCGAUCAAUGGGGGAGAUCCUAUCAUCAAUGGAUCCAGGGCAUCCCUUACCUUUGUCUGGUCUUGAAUCAGGUCCUGGAAAGGCUAUGAAUAAAGUCAGUGGUGGUACCAAUCAUAAUUCAAAACGAUCAACAUUCUGGGGAAGAAGCAAUGUUAGAAAGACACCAUCAAUGGAAUCAGUUGACUCUUCUGGAGAGGAGGAGCUUGCAAUCCAAAGGCUUGAAAUUGCGAAAAAUGACUUGCAACACAGGAUUGCAAAGGAGGCCAGAGGAAAUGCAAUUCUACAAGCUAGCUUAGAGAGAAGGAAGCAAGCAUUGCAUGAGAGACGGUUGGCACUUGAACAAGACGUUUCAAGAUUGCAAGAGCAGCUUCAAGCUGAGAGAGAUCUUAGAGCUGCACUGGAAGUUGGUUUGAGCAUGUCUACCGGACAGUUUUCCAGUUCCCGCAGCAUGGAUUCCAAGACAAGGGCUGAGCUAGAGGAGAUUGCGCUUGCAGAAGCUGAUGUUGCCAGAUUGAAGCAGAAAGUUGCAGAACUCCAUCAUCAACUUAAUCAGCAGCGGCAAAAUCAUUAUGGUUCCUUGUCUGAUGCAUGUGAUCGUUAUCAACAUGUUCAAACUCAUAAUUCUCAGCAAAGAUUUCUUCAGCAAGAUUUUGACACAAGUCUUGCUUUCUGUAAUCAUGAAAGGAAGCAAAGGACUACUGAGGAAAGUUUGUUGGGAACUGAUUGGAGAAAUAUGAAAGGACAAGUGUUGUCAUCUGGUAGCAUCAACAGGCAGCCAGGUCGGAAACCAUUCAUGGAAUCAACUAGUUUGAGUGAUUCAAAGAGUACAGAGGCAUCCACCAGUAUGUCAGUGGACGAUCUUUCAGCUGUUGAUUCUGCUGCAGUGCCCUCCACUUCUAGAGCAGCUGAAGUGGCAGAUUAUCCAAGACACCCAUCUUCUGCUUUAGUCGAAUUGACAACGCGACUUGAUUUUUUCAAGGAGAGACGUUCUCAACUAAUGGAGCAACUUCAUAACCUUGACUUGAACUAUGGUACAACGUCCGCACAAGACUUUGUGUAUAGACCAUCAUCUCCUCCAUGGAACUGAUGUCGAGAAAUGAUGAUGCUCACCAAAUGAGUCAAGCAAAAUAGUUUGACACCUUGCUGUAUAUCCUUCAAUUAUGCUUGCAUAUGUUAAUAUCCUUUGUAGUGAUAUAAUUCACUGGUUUUUCAUAUUUAAUUUUUUUAUUUCUUUGGAGAAGUUGUGUCUGGAUCCCUUAUGAAUAGGUGUUUUGGUCUGUCUGUCUGUUUUAAUUUUAUUAUUAUUUCUUCCUUUUGGGAUUUGUAAACAGAGCGUUCUUUGAUGUGUCUAUAGUAGGCGUAAGUAAUAUUAUUGAGCACAAUGUUGUAAGAGAACAGUUUGGAAUCGAUUUGUGCAAUGCUCUUAUUUUGCCA